AUGGAUCUUUUUUUCAUUUUAGCUCUUGGUGUGCUUGUUCUCCAGCGCAGUUGCAAUUUGUUAGUUGCUGGUGUAGACACCCUCUCUUUGGGGGCUUCUCUGAGGGAAAAUCAGACCAUCAUUUCAAAGAAUGGCACUUUUGAAUUGGGAUUUUUCUGUCCCAACGGAACCACCAACUGGUAUAUUGGCAUCUGGUAUGCUCAGAUCCCUGAUAAGACCAUCAUUUGGGUGGCUAACAGAGAAACUCCCAUCAGAAACAUGCCCGGCGUUUUCUCUCUCUCUACAUCUGGUUAUCUCACUGUAUCUGAUCUGCAAGGAAAAGUCAUUUGGUCGAGUAAUGACACUCAGCAAGCGAAGGCAUCAAGGGCUUCUAUACUGGACACUGGUAAUUGUGUUCUUUUAGAUGUCCAAAACAGUUCUCAGACUGUGUGGGAGAGCUUCGAAAAUCCCACCGAUCAUUUUAUGCCUACCAUGAAGCUUUGGAAAGGCUUGAAAUUGUCCUCUUGGAAGAGUCCGGUGGAUCCAGCGCCUGGGCCUUUCUCUGUCCUGUUGAAUCCAUCUCCAGGAAAGGCAGAAAUUGUGAUGCAGUAUAAAAAUGGUGUUUCAUAUCAAACCUCGGGAGACUGGACUGGUAGAUAUUUUACCAGCAUGCCGCGGGCAACAUCUGAUACCAAGUAUAAGCAGGAAUUCGUAGUGGUUUCUCCGACAAAAAUGUACUACGCAUAUUGGCUUUCACCCAAAGCUAAUUUGACAAUGAUGGGGAGGCAAUUUCUCAGCUGGGACGGUCAGCUAUCAUUCUACCUGUGGAUUAAUGAUAUAGGCUGGAACCUGAUUCAUAAUUCACCCCAUACAAAUUGUGAGGUGUAUGGUGUAUGUGGGGCUUAUGGAUUGUGCUUCACCCAAGUAAACAUUCAGUCAUGCAGGUGUGUGCAGGGAUUCCAGCCAAGAAACUCUACUGUCUGGAGUUCUCGGGAAUGGUGGUCAAGCGGUUGUGUUCGUCGUACUCCAUUAACCUGCAGUGCAAGUGGCAGCACAGAUGGUUUCCUCCAAGUCAAUAAUAUGUCCUUGUCAGAAUACGAGGCAGCUCUUCAAAAUACCAGAGAGUCAACUCUACAAGGAUGUAAAACUGCAUGUCUCAUCAAUUGUUCCUGCACAGCCUUUGCUUUCAUUAAUUCUAAUUGUAAAUUGUGGUUUGGUGAUCUGUUAAGCAUGCAGGCUGAUUCAAAUGACAGACAACCCUUGUUCAUUCGAUUGUCUGCUUCUGACGUGUCACAGUUGUCAGCCUACGCAGGAAGAAGCAGCAGCAGCAGAGUAGUUGCACUCUCCAUUUCAAUUCCUUUGGGGGUUGUUGUUUUGGGCACCCUGUUCAUUGUUGCACGGUUUAUUCAGUGUAGGCAUGCGAGACUGCUUCAUAAAAUCGACAACUACGACACACCAACAUCGCUCACAACAUUCACCAACAAGGAGCUCAAAAUUGCAAGUAAGAAUUUCACACAUAAGUUGGGAAAGGGAGCGUUCGGCUCUGUCUUCAAAGGAACUCUGCCAGACAAUACACUUGUGGCCGUGAAAAGAUUAGAGGGUUCCACACAAGCAGAAAAGCAAUUCCGUGCGGAAAUAAGUACUAUUGGAAACAUACAGCAUGUAAAUUUGGUGAGGCUUCGGGGAUUCUGUGUAGAGGGGUCUCAUAGAAUGCUUGUUUAUGAGUACAUGCCAAACGGGUCUCUCAACUCUUUUUUGUUCAGCAAAUCUAAAGAAGAUGACAAGGUGCUAAACUGGAAUACCAGAUUUGGAAUCGCUAUAGGCAUUGCAAGAGGGCUACUCUAUCUCCAUGAAGAAUGCAGAGAUUGCAUCAUCCAUUGUGAUAUCAAGCCAGAAAAUAUUCUUCUAGAUGCUGAUUUCUCUCCAAAAGUGGCUGAUUUUGGGCUGGCAAAGCUUGUUGGUAGAGAUUUCAGCACAGUGUUGACAACAACAAGAGGAACCAGAGGAUAUUUGGCUCCUGAGUGGCUGACCGGCAUGCCAAUAACAGCGAAGGUGGAUGUAUACAGCUUCGGCAUGACCCUGUUGGAAAUAAUCUCAGGCAGACGAAAUAGUGACUUGAGCGUGCAGGAAUCUCAGUACUACUUCCCCACCUGGGCAGCAACUCAAAUUCAAAAAGGAAACACAAUGGGUAUUGUGGAUGAAAGGAUUGCAGACAAACUGGACAUUGAAGAGGUUAGAAGAGCAGUCAGGGUAAGCAUUCUGUGCAUUCAACAGGAUGAGAAUGGGAGGCCAAGCAUGGCCCAAGUUGUGAGGAUGUUGGAAGGCACAUUAGAGGGUGACGUGGAACGAUAUGAGAGAUCCCUGCAAGUGCUUGUCGAUUAUCACUGA